CCGAGGCCCAAACUUCUUUUCAACAGUGCACGAGUUUACGUCAGAUUUUCGGAAACAUGACCGGAGAUAACGAGUAUCACAAAUACGACCUGGUCCAGCUUCAAGCUGAGCUGGAGCAGGAGAGGGAAGUCAAAGAAAUGCUAGAGGAGUCUGUGGCGGAUCUAAGGAGCACAUUGUGUGAGCUGCAAGAAAGACUACACAGUGUUGACGGAGAGGGUAAUGAAUGGAAGACAAGGUAUGAAACACAAGUAGAGCUGAAUGGACAAUUAAAACGACAAAACUCUCUUAUAAAGGAGAGAUUAGAAGAUCUACGAGGAAACCCUAUAGAUCGUUUGGCCUCCAUACGCUCUUAUGAUGAAAUGUCAAUUGAAACAUUGAGGCAACGACUGAAGCUUCUGACCAAUGAGAAAUCAGAACUCCAGUCCCAGCUGAAAGACUGUCAUCACCAAAUCGAACUAGAGGGCAAGGCAUUUCAUAAAACCAAUGAUGAGAGGCGGGCCUAUCUGUCGGAGAUAGCAAAGUUGUCUUCAACACUUGAAGUCCAAAGAAGACAGUACACCACCCAGCCACACAGACCAGUUGAAAGCAAACAGAGAGUGAAGCCAAGAAGCCGGAGAGUAGAGCCAGAAGGGCCUGGAGGUGCUGUGGGCGGAGCCACUGCCACAGGAGUUACAGCUGAAAGGAAAAAAGAGAAGAAAUCCCAGAGGGGGAGCAGGUUACCAACGCUCAAACACUACCUGAAACAUUAGCCCCAACCAAAUGCAGAUACUGAAGGCCACUGGUACUCUCUCCAUUACAGGAUUCAACAGUUCUGUGCAAAGCCUUAGAAUGCGUUCACAUUUGCACAUUCACCACAUCAAAAAUGGGGCCAAACCCAGAACAAAACCUGGACUAGAUCUAUACUAAACCAAGACUAACAGGACCAGACCAACUCCACGCACUCAAAAUGGGACCAAACAAGGACCAGACCAUGAUUUUGCACGCUUAGUCAUGUGUCAAAUUAAAUAUAACAUUUCAGGAAGAGAUUGCAUAAAUAUCCAUCUAUAGUUAUUAUGCAUUUAAAUAUAGGAAGAGAUUAAAAAUUCAAUUAUAUUGUGGUCAACAGA